CCCAACCAUAGCCCAAAUGAAAAGAAUUUUAAAAGAGAAAACCCCGGCAAGCCCAGUCAGGCUUUUCAUUUCUCCUAAAUCCCAACACACCCCGAUAGGUUUUCAAAAUUUAUCCAUCGUAAUGCUCAUCACCUGCGUGCCGCGAGAUCCAGUUGCGGAUAUGGGCAAGUUAUUGAAGAAGCAUCGACUCAUACCCGAUGUUUUGCCCUGCGCACCUCGUGGGAUCAUCAGCGCGCUUUAUCCCUGCGACAUCCAAGUCGAGCCGGGCCUUCUCAUUAAGCCGGACGAAGUACGUAAGCCGCCAAUACUACGGUGGCAGGCGGAACCGUACAAAUACUAUACCUUUAUGAUGAUCGAUCUAGAUUUUCCGAGUCGGGCAGACCAUUCUAGUCGUUCCUGGCAAAAUUGGCUGGUGGGGAACGUUCCCGGCUGCGACGUGAUCAACGGGCAAGAGCUGACUGCUUACGUGGGCAGUCGUCCGGAUAUGGGAACUGGCAUGCAUCGCUACCUUUUUGUGGCCUACAAGCAAAUAUGCGAGCUCGAUUUCGAUGAAUCGUACAUUCCGUUCGACAGCACUGAGACUAGAGGGGGUUUUAGUAUAAAUCGAUUUGCCAAAAAGUACGCACUCGGCAAUCCGGUAGCAGCCAAUUUCUUUAUGUCCGAAUGGAAUUUAACCUGCGAUUACGCUGUUUUUGAACAUAUGACUAAACACUCAAUUUCAUUAAGGAGUUUCAGUAAACUAAACUCCUCUGAUUCUCACUCUGAAAGACGAUGAGUAGAUGACAUGUUUCUUUAAUGCCUUUGACCUUUUCGAAUAUAAACUUGAUCAAA